AUGCGGUGUGAGUGUCAGGAAGACCACCGACAGUUCUGUCUGCGGGUGUGGCCGUUCAGAAAGAUGCACGACUUGUGGUAUGGUGGUGGGGGUGACGAGGCCGAUGACAAAAACACGGAGGUCGACUCCUACGACGAGAACUGUACCUCCCAGUGUGAUGUCGUGGAGCCCAGUCUGGGACAGAUGCUGAUGCAGCAGGCGGGCCUGAACCGCAGCGUCCAUUCCUCGAUCUCGGAGGACAGACACGACCUUGAGGCGGCGCUCAGCGGGACGUUCUGCCACGACUACUCCAUCCAGGAGACGCUGGGCCAGGGGACCUUCGGCUUUGUCCGCAGAGCAAAAUGUCUGGCAACCGGCGGAAACGUGGUGGUGAAGUUUGUGAGGACUAAGAAAGUUCCGGAGAGCGGCUGGUGCCACAUUGUUGGGAGACCGGAGCCCGUGCCACUGGAGGUGGAGAUUUUGUCGAGGGUCGUGGGGAGGUCAAAGUUCAUUAUAGAGCUGCAGGACUUCCAUGUGAGCAAAGGGUUCGUGUCCCUCGUCAUGGAAGAUUUUGGCUCCAUGGACCUCUUUGACUUUGUCGACCGCGUACAGAGCAUGGAGGAACCCCUGGCCAGGCACAUUUUUGCCCAGAUCCUACAAGGAGUAGAGUUUCUGUCCGAAAACUCCAUCUUACACCGGGACAUCAAAGACGAAAAUGUCGUCAUCAACCGCAGCUUCGCCUGUAAGCUCAUCGAUUUCGGCUCGGCGGCCUACAUGUUACCCGAGGGGGAGCUCUUCGACGAGUUUCGCGGCACAAAGGAAUACUGCAGCCCUGAAGUCUGGGCGGGGAACAGGUACUCGGGCCCGCCCCAGGAGAUGUGGGCGCUCGGGGUGACUCUGUUCACCCUCCUGAACACCGUGAACCCGUUCCCCGUGGAGGAUCCUCCCUACCAGCUCACACUCGACGAUCUGCCAGAGACGCAGCCUGCCGCCUUGAACGAUCUCCUGCUCGGCCUCCUGGAAUGUGAGCCCACGCAGAGACUGACCUUGGAGGGAGCGGCCAACAACCCAUGGGUGGCUGAUCCCAUUGACGCAAGUGGUUUUCAGUGGAAAGAGCUGAUUGGUUAGUUUGCUGGGUUUUGCGGGCGUGCCGAGGAGUCCCGUAAAGUCAGAUCCCACCGAUUUUUUAUUUUUAAAUUAUUUUUUAAAACUUUAAAAAAAAUUAAUUUUUUAUUGCCUGUCCAAGAAUUUUGAUUGGAUUUACAUAAAAUCCUAUUUUUCUCUUGAAUUUUAUUUCCAGUUUUCGUACGCAACUUAUUGUAAAUGACAGUGGAAAUACCAAGGUUUGUUUGCUGCAGUGUUUGCCUGACUUUAUCGUAGAUGAUGUGAAGGUACAUAUUUUUAUUUCAGUGGGGUUUUUUGGUGUCAACUAUCCUUGUGUAUUCGCUACUUAUAUUUCGUAACAUUGUGUUAAUCCAUUUGGGUUCUGAAAACUGAUUAUUUUCCCUAAAACUCUGAUUGUUAGGGAGGAUUUCGCUCGCGGGAAAACCCAGAUUUUUGGUCAUCUGCAUUGUACCGUCUGUCAACUGGGUGAAAAAUGGAAUCAAGUGCCUUGAUUAAGAUUUCAAAAAAUCUUGGUAGGUAGCUGCGAGCCAUUUUGUAAAUUAAAUCUGUUGCCCCCAAGCAGACGUGGGAAUGUAACUAGUCAGUUCACUGGAAGGUGUAGUCAUAC